AUGUUGACAAACGCUAGAAUCUCUGGCAUCGCCAAUAUUAAUGUUGACGAGACAGAUCAACACACAUCUAAUGAGAGCCAACCAGUCUCUCCGGAAACAUCACCACUCUCAUGUUCCGAGAAACAGUCAAAGGCCGUGCCUCAUGCGGCCGUCGAAAAUCCUUUAGUGGGCAAGGCAGGAAAGUCAGUUGAGUCGUCGACGCAGCAUAAUUCGCAAGAUGGCCUACCUUCGACCCGCGAUACAGACAGAGAGCUCGAAGAAGGAGGCCAUGGACAGUUCAGAAACGGUGCUUCUUCAGAUAUCUCGGAACAUCAGAUUCCCGUGAGUCGAGUCACAACCGAUGCCGAUGGAAACACAUAUCCAGAAGGCGGUUUAGAGGCAUGGCUGGUGGUAUUUGGAAGUUUCAUGGGUCUUUUUGCGUCCCUUGGUCUGGUCAACACCAUUGGCACAUUUCAGGCGUAUCUUCAAGAUCAUCAGCUGAAAGAAUACAGCCCUGGCAACGUGGGCUGGAUAUUUGGCGUUUACUCGUUCCUGACCUUCUUUUGUGGAGUUCAAAUCGGCCCGGUCUUCGAUGCAAAAGGGCCUCGAUUUCUUGUUCUUGCCGGCUCUGUUUUAGUCGUGGUGAUGAUGAUUGCCCUAGGGUUUUGCACCAAAUACUGGCAUUUCAUGCUUGUGAUCGGAGUCGCUGGAGGAACGGGAGCCUCUCUGAUUUUCACGCCUGCGAUAUCCGCAGUCGGACAUUUCUUUAACGAAAAACGCGGCGUUGCAACUGGUCUUGCUGCUACCGGAGGCUCUGUUGGGGGAAUAGUUUUCCCACUGGUCCUGGAGACUCUCUUUCCCAAGAUCGGCUGGGCAUGGGCAACCCGUGUUAUUGCCUUGAUUUGUUUGAUCUUGGUAAUCGGAUCCUGCCUGCUUGUGAAGUCGCGUCUGCCUAAGAAGCCGGCUUCCAAGGAGAACGUCCUCCCCGAUUUUCGGAUUUUUCGAGAUGCCAAGUUCGCUUUCACAACAGCAGGCAUCUUUUUCAUUGAAUGGGGCCUCUUUGUUCCGAUCAGCUAUAUCUCUUCAUAUGCUCUAGCCCACGGGGUCUCUACAAAAUUGUCAUAUCAAAUGGUAGCUUUCCUCAACGUGGGCUCGGUCCUAGGAAGAGCGAUCCCAGGAUUCAUCGCAGAUUUUCUUGGUCGUUUCAAUACACUGAUUGUCACAGUGGCCCUCUGCCUCGUGUGCAACGCAUGCCUCUGGCUUCCUGCUGGCGGCAACGUUCCUUUAAUGAUUGUUUACUGCGUGAUAUUUGGGUUCGCCAGUGGCAGCAAUAUCAGCCUUACCCCAGUAUGCGUUGGACAACUCUGCAAGAUUGAGAAUUACGGGAGAUACUACGCCACGGCGUAUACCAUCGUAAGCUUCGGGUAA